AUGCAAUUUCCUCCCAUUGCCUCAAAUAAUAUCACCACUGAUUUUAAUAUCAAUACUGAUAUUACUUGCAGGAUAAGAAAUGAAAAAUGUGAUGCGACUGAUGCGUGUUUGUGUGAAGAUUAUUUUGGCCGGAUAUCUAAUGAAAGCUGGACAGAUAAUUGUUGGACUUUUUCACCAUUUAAAUCAUUCGAUCCUACUAAACGAAAUGAAAAAAAAGAAAUAUCUUACCUUGAUAGUGUAAAUGGGUCAAUUAUUUUAACUAUUGCGAACAGAUUACCCCCUACUGGUAAUUAUUUUGCAAUCAAGUUUAAUUAUGCCUUCACAAAUGACUCGACUCUACAAUAUAUGACUCCCAAUCUGUACCCAUUCAACCGAGGAAAUUUAAUUUUAAUUGAGUUUGGUAUUAAAAUAAGAAAGCGCUAUGACAAUCUUUUCUCGAAAGCAUAUGGGUUUAAAUCUAAACUCAUAAAUGCAACUGCUAAUGUUGUAAUCAGGGAACUCCAACAACAAGCAGAAAAUUCUACCAUUUUAAUAAUUAAACCAAAGGAUAAUUUAGUAUACACUGAGGAAGAAACUUUUCAAUAUACUAUUGGUUAUAUUAUUUCAAGUUUGGGUGGUUUCUAUAGUGCAAUAUACGGAAUUUAUGUUUUAUUUUUUGGGCCUGGAAAACAAUCUCCUUGGGGCCUCACACAAAAAUAUAUGUGUUGCUGGGAUAUUCGCCGAGAGUAUGAAAGAAAACUGGCUAAACGAUAUGUUUCUGAAGCCAAUAUUCCUUUGGUUGAUCCUUUUCCCUAUAAAGACACAGACGAAAACAGACUAGGAACAAUUACAAAAGAUAGAAUUGAGAGACUAGAAACUAUGUUGGAAGAAUGUUAUCUUGAUGCAAGUUAUUUUAAAACAUUAAAAGGUGUGGUUAAAGCAAAUGAAGCUUAUAAAAAAGAAUAUGGACUGAAAUAA